AAAUUAAGGCUGAACUGCAGAGCCUGACCCUUAACUGGCCUUUGGCAAUCCCCUAAAUACAAACCAGAUACGGGAUGUGUCUGUGUGUCUGUGUGUGUGUGUGUGUGUGUGUGUGUGUGUGUGUGUGUGUGUUUAACUGCAAACUAACGAGUUCUCCUUCAAAACCCUUAUUUGGUGCACACAUCUGGCUCUUUCACAGGAAUUUUAGCCGAGCAAAGAAGUUGGAGUUAAUUUUGAGUCCCUGGAAAAGCUGCUGGUUGGCAGUGGUGGCCAACAGAAGUUCCAACCUAGACAGGAUCACUCAGAGUUCUGGCUGAGAUUCACUCAAAGAAAACCCAAGAGAAGAUGAAGUGGCAAGAGCAAAGAAGUACUUUCAAUGCAACCCACCGCCGCCUGUUGACCAAAAGGAGCUGGAGGAUUCUUACCAGGAUCACUGCAGCUCGGGCCAUGAGAAGCUUUCUUCUAAGGGGACAGCUGCCCCUCCUGCUGCUGCUCUCUGGCCUGCAGAGUCCCACGGAGAGUUCUGAGGUUGCAAUUAAAAUCAACUUUGACUUGGCACCGGAUUCUUUUGAUGAUCAGUAUCAAGGCUGUAGCAAAGAGGUCAUGGAGGAGCUAAAACAAGGAGAUUAUUUCAUGAAAGAACUGCAAGCCCGUAAAAACUAUUCUAAGAUAUGGCAGAAUGCCCACUUGACCUGGUUGAACCAUGCAAAAGCUCUUCCCCAGAACAUGACUAUUUCCCAUGCAGUAGCCAUCCUGAUUUAUACACUGAACAGCAAUGUUCGCUCUGACUUUAUGAGCACCAUGACCAGGGUGGUCAGGUCCCCACAGCAGUAUGAGCAUUCAUUCCCUUUCAAGUAUCUACACUACUACCUGACCUCAGCAAUCCAGUUGCUGAGGAAAGACACUGACGGGAAGAACAACAGUCUGUGUUUCAAGGUGUAUCAUGGCACCAAGGAUGUCUCCUUCAAGGCCUACAAAGGGGCUACCAUUCGAUUUGGUCAGUUUCUCCCCGCCUCCCUCUUAAGAGAAGAAGCAGAGAGGUUUGGGAACCAAACACUAUUCACCAUACAGACCUGCCUCGGUGCACCUGUGCAAGACUUCUCCCUCAAGAAAGAAGUUUUAAUCCCUCCUUAUGAGUUCUUUGAGGUCAUAAACGUGAGUUACUACCCAAGAGGAUACUGGGUGCAACUGCAGUCAGCUGGGAACCAGAGCACAUACAACUGCCAGCUGCUAAAAGAUUUCAGCAAGAAGUACAACCCUGCUCCUACAGUUAUUGCUUUGCUUUUCUUUUUUACCAGUGCCAUCAUCUCUGUCUAAAAUGGGGUAUAAAGGAAUCUGUGGUCCACAGACUGCGUGGCUGUGACUGGCAAAACUCAGGCUGGACUGCAUGCUCUGGGGACUUGGGGGUAUGGGGUUGCAAGGAGUCAGGGAUGGCACAGGUACGACAAGCAGGGAUUUGAGGGUUCAUGUCAAGUAGGGAAUGACUUAAGAGGCUCUUCCAUGGACAAGGCCACUGUACUUGCAGGGCUAGAUCAUGGAACCCACCAGCAAGAGUUGGAACAGGGGAAUAGGUAAUAUGAAGAUGGGCUAUGAUGCCAACCAGUAUGUGGGACUCGGGUCUGGGGUACAAUCUGUGGGGGACUAUGUGGGCU